CCCGCGGGUCACGCUGCAAGGACCCAGCUGCCGGAGCCCCGCCGAUCCGAGGAUGGAGAGGAGACCGCGGAGCUCCUCCAGGGAGCCCCACCGGAGAAGCGGGGGGUCCCCCCAAAAGGAGAACAAGAGGACAAAGACCGAGAGAGGUGGCGGAGGUCGGGAGCGCCGGGAUGCGGGCCGUGACCGUCCAGCCUCAGCGCGGGCGGGGAGCCCCGCGGAGCCCCGAGCCCGGGCAGCCACCGUGGUGGACGUGGAUGAGGUGCGGGGCCCGGCAGAGGAGGGCACUGAGGUGGUGGCGCUGCUGGAGAGCGAGCGGCCAGAGGAAGGUACCAAGUCCUCUGGCUUAGGGGCCUGUGAGUGGCUUCUUGUCCUCAUAUCUCUGCUCUUCAUCAUUGUGACCUUCCCUUUUUCUAUCUGGUUCUGCAUAAAGGUGGUACAGGAGUAUGAGAGAGUAAUUAUAUUCCGACUGGGACACCUGCUUCCUGGAAGAGCCAAAGGUCCUGGCCUUUUCUUCUUUUUGCCCUGCCUGGACACCUACCACAAGGUUGAUCUUCGUCUCCAAACCUUGGAAAUACCCUUUCAUGAGAUUGUGACCAAAGACAUGUUCAUAAUGGAGAUAGAUGCCAUCUGCUACUACCGGAUGGAAAAUGCCUCUCUCCUCCUCAGCCGUCUUGCUCACGUGUCCAAAACUGUCCAAUUCCUCGUGCAAACCACCAUGAAGCGUCUCCUGGCACAUCGAUCCCUCACUGAAAUCCUUCUAGAGAGAAAGAGCAUUGCUCAAGAUGUAAAGGUCGCCUUGGAUUCAGUGACCUGUAUUUGGGGAAUCAAAGUGGAGAGAACAGAAAUUAAGGACGUGAGGUUGCCAGCUGGGCUUCAGCACUCACUGGCUGUGGAAGCCGAAGCACAAAGACAGGCCAAAGUGCGGAUGAUCGCCGCGGAAGGGGAGAAGGCCGCCUCUGAGUCCCUGAGGAUGGCAGCUGAGAUUCUAUCGGGCACCCCAGCUGCUGUUCAGCUGCGAUACCUCCACACCCUUCAAUCUUUAUCCACAGACAAACCUUCCACUGUGAUUUUACCUUUGCCAUUUGACUUGCUAAAUGUCCUGUCUUCCCCCAGCAACAGAACACAAGGAAGCAUCCCCUUACCCAACCCUCCCAGGCCUGUGGAGCCACUGAAUCCUAAGAAGAAAGACUCCCCCAUGUUAUAGGUGGAGCCGAGGACAAUGGGGCUGUCAAGGAGCCACAUCCCUGAGUGAGCACUUGCUCCUUAUCGCCUGCCCUCUCUUUAGUUGCCGUAUGGAAUCCUGAAGUCACAGUGCAGCAAACUACAUAAGAAGACGUUGAGAUGAGAGGGCAGAGAAGCCAUGUAACAAUUUGAGAUGGAUCAUCUAUGGGAGUAAUUAUGGAAAGAGCUUUAGCCAGCAUUUUGCUUUGGAAAGAAUUUUGAGUCUAUGUGUGGCUGAAGUUCGACCUCUGAAGAUGUAGUUCAGGGUCCUGUAGGACGACUGUCCUCUGGCCCCUCUGGCAAGGUCUUUGCUGCUCCCAAAGACCUUUUUACCUGCCUCUUUGUUGUGCUUAUUAUGAGCUACCAUAGUCCAGGACUUAGCGUGCAGUCUUCUCCCCAAUUAUUUUAUGACCUCAAAGCACCUCUUAGUCUUUUCCCUGCACAACACUCAAUCUUGCACACCCCAUCCCAUCUCCCUCCACUUAACCCUGAUGUUGUACCACAGCGACACUUAAAUGUUCUUGAGUGAAUGAAAGAAAAAGAGAUGUGCUUGGACUGGAUAUAAAAUUUACACCUAAUUAAGGGAUUUUUGGCACUUUUUUACUAUAGAGAAAUAACAAAAAGGACCAAAAAAUUUUUCUGAUAAAUAUUGGGAAGGUGUGAGGAAGAAUCACUAUAAAUAUGAAAUUAAUACAUUUUCAAUAUCAAAUGUACCAGUAUGUUUGUUUUUCAAACAGUAAUAACAUGUUGUGUUCUACACAUGCCUGGAACUGUGCUUUUCUUGGGCAGAUGUUACCUAAUAGGAAUACAUCCUUAUAAGUCUUAUUUUCCAUUAACUUGCAUUAUACAAUAAUAAUAAACCCAGGGCCUCCCUUGGUGACCUAAGGGUUACGUCUCAGCACUAUCACUACUGAAGCCUGAGUUAAAUCCUGGCCAGGGAGCCGACCUACAAAUGGCACAGGAGACCUCUCCUAUCUUACCCACUGCUCCCCUCAGCAGUGUAUUGCAGUAAAUCCACCUGUUCUGCUCCCCACUCUGUCUCAGGUGAAUCCUCUCAGCCCCUCCCUGCCUGCACCUCUGGCUUACACCCCAGUUCUUCUACUCAAAAAUAAAAAAAAAAAAAACAACUCAGCCAAGUAAAUAAGAGGUAUAUAGCAAAUCCUCUAUCAACUUUAAAAAUCAAUAGUAUUGGGGCCUCCCUGGUGGCCCUGGUGGUUAAAGUUUCAGUGCUAUCACCACUAUGGCCUCAUUUGGAUCCUGGUCAGGGAGAUAACCCACAUGGAGCAGCAGACAUCUCCUGUCUGACCCUCUGUUCCCUUUAGCAGUGUAUUGGAGUAAAUCCAAGUAUUCUGCUCCCCACUCUGUCGCUGGUGAAUUCUCUCACCCCCCUCUGGCCUACACCCCAGUUCUUUUACACACAAAAAAAAUCAAUUACAUUAAAGACAUUACUGACAUUACAAAAUUAUUACUAAAAUCAUCCUGUGAAUGAAAUGCUAGUUAAAAUAGGAAUCCCCACGUAUCUAAGUCAGAGAGAAAUGAUGACAACUAUCCCCAGUCCCUCACUAUUUGGUGAUUUCUGUCCUUCAAAUCUCCUCUUCAAUCUUCAUCAUGUUACCUGAUAUUAUUAUUUUAUUUUGGGGAUGUAUCCAUGCUAUCCUGUGAUGCAAAUUUCAUUUUACAUAAAAACACAUGGAUAGGAUUUUUGCUUAUGAAGGUUAGCCUUUAAUAGCUUGCCGAUCAUUAUUUUAGAGAGAAAAUGUAUUUUCUGAGCCUCUCACAGUGGAUCUAGAAACUUUUGUAGUAUUCUGUCUGUUUGAAACAAAAAGUUUCUCAAUACAUUUAAGUAACAGAAACAGGGUCCAAGAUCAAGGAUGCUUUGCCUAUACUGUCCUUUCUCAAUCACUUCAAUAUUCCUUCCUUUUCUGCCAUCCUUCUGCCCUCUAAAAAAAGAACAAAAGUUCUCCAGCAGUGUAUCAUAACAUGGUAUUAUGUUGCCAAUCUUAGGGUGUCAAAAGUCUAGUUCAUGCCAUCCUAUGAAACAUGUUCCAUAUCUUAAAGAAAAGUUCCCCUUAGUCCCUAUCCCAAGGGAGAUAUGUGGCUGUGGGGGACUGGCAGUGCUAAAAGUCACAGAUUAGAUGGUCUCUGCUGGAGGCAAUGAGAGAUUCUGAAGUCAAAAGAGCAGGCAAAGCUCCAACCAUACACAAAAUACAAAAUGUGGAAUCCAGAAGAUUGUCCAAUCCAAGAAAGUCAAAGGCAGGUAACAAAAUCUUCCAGAACCAGGAGUUGGUGCCAGAGAGUGGCCAGCAAACUCUAAUGAGGCAACGAUAGGAUGAGCAUUGAGAGGGAACUUCUGAGGGAUAUCCUAGAAUGUCUAAUCUAUUGGGGUUGCUUUUUGUGAACCAAUCAGGGCAUGGUCACACAUGGCCCAGUCCAUUAAAAGGUCAGUGCCAACUAGAGCACACUGAAGUGGGCAGCAUUUCUCCUGACCACCAUCCCAGUACACUGGCUAUUGGGAUUAGGAUGAUAUCAAGGUUUGUUGGUCACUUUUCAUCCCAUAUACAUGGUUCCUGACCUCAGGUUGGCAUACGUUGGCAGGAGUAAUGGAGGGGAAGGUAGGGCCAUGCUGAUGGACGUAUAGCAAAGCCAGGAACAAAACAAUGAGUGAAUGCCAGGAUGAUAAUGUAGUAAUGGCUUUUAUGGCCCUUAAUAAUUCCACAUCACUCUGUUCUUGUCAAAAGCAGGUUUUGCCUGCAUUAUCUGCCUAUGUUUCUCCUUCUGGUGGUCUCUUCUGAUAUCUGGCUCUAGUCAACAUAGAACUUUCUUGUUAGACUGCCAGAAGGCAUCUUUGAGGUCUGUUUGAGUGCCCUCUGGUGUCCUUGGGUUAUGGGACAAUUGGGAUGUGGAAUCUUGGUGGCAGAGAAAUAACGGGGACAAGGUGCUCUGAAACUGUUAUGGGUGGAAGGUUAUAGUGAACCUCUCUGAUGGUGCUGUCUGCAAGGUUUCAGCACCAGAAUUCUCUGAAACCUGGAUGCUGCAUUCCCCUGGGUACUGAUCUUGAAAUGACAGGUGGAAGAUAAGCUGGACAGUACAAUCAAAGCUAGGACACAUACUAGGCAACAAUCUUUUCCCUGCAAAGUGAUUUUAAUAUUAAUAGUGACAGUGUCUUAGUUCGAGCUGUUAUAACAAAAUGCCAUAGACAGAGUGGUUUUUAAACAAUAGAAAUUUAUUUCAUACAGUUCUAGAGGCUAGAAAGUUUCAGUUCAAGAUGUCAGCAGAAUUAGCAUCUGGUGAGGACCCUCUUCUGGUUCAUAGACAGAUGUCUCCCCACUUUUCUCCCUCUGUGUGCUGACACCUGGCAUAAGUGGGAGGGAAUUCUCUGGGGUCU